AUGCACCGCACCUACUCCAUGCGCCAGUCGCGCGCACCCACUGCCUCCCAGAUUCAGAACCCCCCUCCUCCAUCUUCCUCCACCAAGUCUGGUAGAUUCUUUGGCAAGAGCAACAUUGGUCACUCUUUCCGCAGAAAUGCCGCUGGCGCCUUCGGACCUGAUCUCGCCAAGAAGCUGUCGCAGCUGGUGAAGAUGGAGAAGAACGUCAUGCGCUCCAUGGAGCUCGUCGGCAGAGAGAGAAUGGAGGUCGCACAACAACUCAGCAUCUGGGGUGAGGCUUGUGACGAUGAUGUCUCCGAUGUCACCGACAAGCUUGGUGUCUUGAUCUACGAGAUUGGUGAGCUCGAGGACCAGUUCGUCGACAAGUACGACCAGUACCGUGUCACCAUCAAGAGCAUCCGUAACAUCGAAGCUUCCGUUCAGCCCAGCAGAGACCGCAAGCAGAAGAUCACUGACCAGAUCGCUCAGCUCAAGUACAAGGAGCCCAACAGCCCCAAGAUUGUUGUCCUUGAGCAGGAGCUCGUUAGAGCCGAGGCCGAGUCAUUGGUCGCCGAGGCCCAGCUUUCCAACAUCACUCGCGAGAAGCUGAAGGCUGCUUUCACCUACCAGUUCGAUGCUCUCCGUGAGCACUCUGAGAAGAUGGCCAUCAUCGCUGGCUACGGCAAGCACCUCCUCGAGCUCAUUGACGACACUCCCGUCACCCCUGGCGAGACCAGAAACGCGUAUGACGGUUACGAGGCUUCCAAGGCCAUCAUCCAGGACUGCGAGGACUCUCUUACCAACUGGGUCGAGCAGAACGCUGCCGUCACCUCUUCCCUCUCCACUCGCACCCGCACUCUUUCUCAGCGCCGCCGCAACCGUCACCAGGGUGAGGCCGUUGACCUUGCCGGCCAGGAUGCCCCCAUGGAGCAGUCCCGUGACAGCAACCUCUGGAUCCCCGCCAGCCAGCACCAGCACGCUGACAACUACGAGGACGAUGAGGAGGAGGAGGACGCUAGCGUCGCCAACGGCUCCGUCCGCGGUCGCGAGGAGGAGAGAGUCGCUGCUUAA